CAAGUUGAGAGGUGGCGCUCUAAUUAAGAGAGUGCUGUAAGGCUGUCACGAAUCUUUUCUCAAACACAAAUCUCACGUGGCGGUCCAGUGCUGUGGUGCCGCUGAGUGGUCAAUACUGAGGCGAGCUGUCUGCGGGCGCACGGAGCGCUAAGCUGGAGCAAGAGGACCUGACCGAGCAUCGUUGUGGACGUUUCCUUUUCCCCAGCGCUGUGGAAGCGGCCACGGAAAGCUGCGAUAUACGCAGCAUCAGCUAGGUGGGAGGAAACAUGGGAAUCAGAAAAAAGAACAAGAACCCACCUAUACUGAGCCACGAUUUUAUCAUCCAGAAUCAUGCUGAUAUUGUUUCCUGCAUUGCAUUGCUGUUCGUUGUUGGUCUGUUGUUUGAGGUUACUUCUCAUGUGGCCGGUUUGUUCAUAACUGUUCAACACAACGUCACCAUCUCAACAAAUGCUGCGUUUCCCGAGGGCCCAGAGGAGUUGGCUGUCAAUUACUUCCACCAUGGCCCGAAGGACAUGGCCACUGUGUUCUUCUAUAUGCUGAUAGCCAUCAUUUUUCAUGCAGUCAUACAGGAAUGUCUGCUCGAUAAAAUAAACAGGAAGAUGCAUCUAUCCAAGAUCAAACACACCAAGUUUGAUGAAUCCGGCCAGCUGAGUGCCUUCUACCUUCUGUCCUGUGGAUGGGGAACUAGCAUACUCUUCUCAGAAAAUCUUUUGUCAAGUCCCGUCAAUCUAUGGGAAGGCUACCCCCACACUUUAAUGCCGUUCCAGAUGAAGUUCUUCUACAUUUGGCAGCUUGCCUACUGGUUUCAUGCUCUGCCAGAACUGUACUUUCAGAAAACCAAGAAUGAGGACGUUCCACGCCAGCUGCUCUACAUUAGCCUGUACCUUGUGCACAUUGGAGGAGCCUACGUCCUUAACCUGAACCGGCUGGGACUGGUACUGAUGGUGCUGCACUACUACGUGGAGCUUCUCUUCCACGUGUCUCGCCUUAUCUACUUCAGCAACGAGAACCACCAGGCCGGGUUCGCGGUGUGGGCGGUGCUCUUCGUCAUUGGUCGGCUCCUCACCCUGUCCCUGUCCGUUCUCACUGUGGGAUUUGGUCUAGCGGGGGCAGAACAGCAAGGCCCGUACCUGGCCACAGGAAACUUUAACAUGCCCUUGAUUCGGGUCACUGUGCUGGGAGGGAUCUGCACUACACAGGCCUUCAUGGUGUGGAAGUUCAUUAACUUCCAGCUGCGCAGGUGGAGGGAGUUCCAGCAGCAGCUGAGGAGACCGGCCGCCUCGAAGAGCAGGUCCAGGAGAGACAGAGGAGGAGUUAAUGGGGUUAAUGGAGCUUUGGGCAGUGGGCCAGAUUCACCAAGAACCAGGAAAGAGAAGUCCUCAUAACCCCCACCCCCACACCCCCCAAAUGGUCACCCAGACUGAUGGUCCAUCAUGUGCAAUGCUGCUGUUGCUUUAAUAUUUCA